AUGCUGGUGGUGCAGGCGGCUAGAUUCUUCUGCAGCGGCUCUGGCAGCAUGGUUGGGAAGUACUCGUACCAGUAUGCACGCCCUUCCCUAACGGUGGACGCUGUCAUUGCGAGCACCUCCUCGCCCCACUCCUUGCUGCUCAUCCAGCGCAAGCAUGACCCCUUUGCUGGCAGCUGGGCGCUGCCGGGGGGCUUUGUUGACGAGAAUGAGCCGCUGGAGGCGGCAGCGGCCAGGGAGCUGCAAGAAGAGACGACUGUGGACCCUGGAAGCGCGGCGCAGUGGUAUCCCAUUGGGCAGCUGCCCACGCUGGCGUUUGAUCACAAGCUGAUUGUCAGGACAAGCUUUAGGCACCUGGCCCGUGAGGGUGCGGUGCAGCAGACGCCAGGCCUGGAGGAACAGCUGGCGCAAGCGGCAGAUGGGCUGGAGGGGCCCUGGCAGGAGCAGUGA